AUGACCGCUACGCACCCACCGCAAAUCGUCGCUGGCUGCGAUACAUGCGCCAAGCUUUUCGCUAAACGGGUCGCUGAACUUGGCGCCAAGAUUGCCAUUCGCGAGAAAGAUUUCGGCAUUUGGAACCAGUACUCCUGGACUGAUUACGGCGAACAGGCGCGACUAGCAGGUUUAGGUCUUAAGGCUUUGGGCCUGGUCCGUGGAGACGUGGUGUCGGUUGCCUCCGAAGUGAACAAGGAGUGGCUAUUUGCUGACCUCGGAAUCAUCUGCGUCGGUGGGAUUACCAAUGGCGUGUAUCCCACCGAUGCGUCGAAUCAGGUUGAGUACCUGAUCAACGAUAGUGGCACCCGCUUCUAUCUGGCUGAAGACGAAGAACAGCUCGACAAAGUGCUAGCAGUUCGCGACAACACGCCCACGCUGGAAAAGAUCAUCAUCUUUGAUAUGGAGGGGUUGCGCCACCUGGACGACCCGAUGUGCAUCAGCUUCGAACAGCUGCAGCAGUUGGGUCGCGCUCAUGGUGAGCGCCAUCCAGCGGUCUGGGAUCAGGAGAUUUCAGGUUCGAAACCUGAAGAAUUGUUGACGCUGACCUAUACUUCGGGAACAACUGGGCGUCCAAAGGGCGCGAUGAUCAGUCAUCAGAAUAUGUUGUUCCAGAUUCAGGCGAUUCAGUGGAUUUACGGGAUUAACCCGGAUGAUGAGCAAAUCGGAUUUCUACCGCUGGCCCACAUAGCCGGCCGCAUGUUCUACACGUUUUCCACGCUAGAAGCCUGCUCGACCAUCAAUCUGGUCGAAAGCAUGGAGACGAUCAACCAGGACCAACAAGAAGUGGCGCCGACCAUUCACUUCGCGGUGCCGAGGGUCUGGGAGAAACAGUAUUCCGCCGUUGCCAUCAUGCUUAAAGAUGCUACUGCGUUGGGCAGGUUAGCCUACGAUGCUGCAUUGAAAGUGGGCACACGCGCUGCUAGCUUUUCGAAGAAGGGAGCCAGGCCGCCAUUGUUGUUGCGCGCGCUAAACUUUGUUGCCGACAAGGCGGUCUUCAGGAAUAUUCGUGUCAUGUUGGGUAUCGACCAGGCUCGCUGGUUAUCGACUGCCGCAGCACCCAUCGCGCCCGACCUGAUUGAAUGGUACUGGGCCAUCGGGCGGCCGAUGUAUGAGGUCUACGGACAAACUGAAUGUUCUGGCCUGGUCACUGCCAACCGCAAUGGCGACCAACGUAUUGGUAGCGUCGGAAAAGUCGCAAAGGGUGCGCAGAUCAAGUUGUCCGAGCAAGGUGAAAUUCUUAUUCGAAGUCCUGGCGUGAUUAGUGGCUACUGGAACAAAUCUGAAAUGACCGCCGAAACGAUCCAAGACGGUUGGUUACAUAGCGGUGAUGUUGGUGAAAUAGACGAUGACGGAUUCGUCUACAUUCGUGACCGAAUGAAGGACGUCAUUAUUACCGCUGGUGGGAAGAACAUUACCCCAAGUGAGAUCGAGAAUCAGCUAAAGUUCUCACUGUUCAUUUCCGACUCUGUAGUCAUUGGCGACGCUCGCCCAUAUUUGACUUGCCUUGUGAUGAUUGACCAUGAAAACUCAAGGGAUUUGAUUGGCGCCGAAGUGGAGAGGGUCAAUCAAAAGUUCGCCCGAGUUGAGACCAUCAAGAAGUUCCGUCUGAUUGAUCAGUUGCUUGAUGCCGAAGAUGAAGAGCUGACACCGACCAUGAACUUAAACGGAAAGUCGUUAACGAGAAGUACGCGAGUCUGA